CAGAUUACACGUGGAGCACACUUCCGGCGGUACCUUUCUUAAAAGAUGAGACCUUUAACAGAAGAAGAAACGAGAACCUUUUUUGAAAAACUGUCAAAAUACAUUGGGGAGAAUAUAAAGUUGCUAUUAGACAGGCCAGAUGGAACCUAUUGCUUCCGACUGCACCGAGACAGAGUCUUCUAUGUCAGGGAGGAUAUCAUGAAGAAAGCUGGGAAUGUUUCUAGAGAAAACCUUCUAAGUUUGGGGACCUGUUAUGGCAAAUUUACAAAAACUGGCAAGUUUAGGCUUCACAUCACUGCAUUAGACUAUUUGGCUCCAUAUGCAAAGUACAAGAUCUGGUUGAAGCCCAGUGCUGAGCAGCAGUUUUUGUAUGGCCACCAUGUGAUGAAGUCAGGUUUGGGUAGAAUCACAGAGAACACAAACAAGUACCAGGGAAUUGUGGUCUACUCUAUGGGGGAUUUGCCUUUGGGUUUUGGCGUUGCUGCGAGAUCGACUCAGGACUGUCGCCAUGCAGAUCCCAUGACAAUAGUAGCCUUCCAUCAAGCUGAUAUAGGGGAGUACAUCAGGAGUGAGGACACCCUUGUGUGAGGGUAUUUUCAACUCGUAGGACGCUUCAAGCUUACUGCUGGAGCAGUAAAUACAACUACAUGUACACAGUUCCUGGUAGCUUGUGUUUCACUAAUGAUCUCUGGGCAUGUGGACAUCUGGAGGUGUAGUUGUUAGAAGAUGAACGCGAGCUCUGGGCAUGUGGACAUCUGGAGGUGUAGUUGUUACAAGAUGAAUGCUAGCUCUGGGCAUGUGGACAUCUGGAGGUGUAGUUGUUACAAGGUGAAUGCGAGCUCUGGGCAUGUGGACAUCUGGAGGUGUAGUUGUUAGAAGAUGAACGCGAGACAAUGAUUGUGAUUUUGCCAGGAUGGGGACUGUGCAGGAUCUGGGCAUUGUCACCAGAAGUUAGUGACAACUAUAAAGUUGUUAUCAUGUGUGAUUGCCCCGAGUAACUGCAGGAUAAUUACCAACAUCAACAAGACUGUUCACUACUUCAUGUACACCAUAAUAAACAUUAUCAUCAAGUCAUCAUCAGUGAAGCACAAAUUCAUUACCUUUAUGUAAAGAGCAUUAGGCAGAAAGGUAUUAGGCACCACCUUAUCUGUCAGAGCCUUAGGCAGAAUCCUGCAGGUAUCUACCAGAGCCUUAGGCAUCAUCCUGUUUGCCAGAACCUCAAGCCACCAUCCAAUCUGUCAGAACCUAAGUCACCUGUCACUUACCUGUUGGAGCCUAAGGCAUCAUCCUGUUUGUCAGAGUCGUAUGCAGCAUACUAUUUAUCUGAACCUUAGGCACCAUCCUAUCUGUCAGAGCUUUUGACACAAUCCUGUCUGUCAGAACGUUAUGCAGCAUCCUAUCUGUCACAGCCUUAGGUAGCAUCAUGCCUGCUACAGUCUAGGUGCCAUUCUUUCCGUUCGAGCCCAAGGCACCAUCCUAUCUGUCAGAGACACGAUCCUGUCUGUCAGAACGUUAUGCAGCAUCCUAUCUGUCAGCGCCUUGUGCAGCGUCCUAUCUGUCAGCGCCUUGUGCAGCAUCCUAUCUGUCACAGCCUUAGGUAGCAUCAUGCCUGUUACAGUCUAGGUGCCAUUCUUUCUGUUGGAGCCCUAGGCACCAUCCUAUCCAUCAGAGCUUUAAGCAUCAUCCUGUCUAUCAUAGCCAUUUUGCCUCUCUUUUGGGAUAAAGGCCAGGCCCUUUGUUGUGGUUGAUUUCAUUAAAACAUGCUCUGAAAAAACAGGCCACCUUGUCAAAAAAAAACUCUGUAGUGCAGACUGUAAU